CGCAACGCAACGCAACGCAUCCGGGCGGCACCUACGAGCGGAGCGGGAGCUCUGAAGAGUAAAGAUGGCUGCUGAUACUUCUGUUGAAAUACUUCAGAAAGUCCUGGAGAAUGAAAUACUUCAAACGACCAAGAUAGUAGAGGAACGCCUAGAUGCUGAAAUGCAGAAACUGGACCAAAUGGAUGAGGACGAAUUGGAGCUCCUCAAGCAGAGGAGACUGGAAGCAUUAAAAAAGGCACAGCAGCAGAAACAAGAGUGGCUUUCAAAAGGACAUGGAGAAUACAGAGAAAUUCCAAGUGAGAGAGACUUUUUCCAAGAAGUGAAAGAAAGUAAAAAUGUGGUUUGCCAUUUCUACAGAGAUACAACUUUCAGAUGCCAAAUUAUGGAUAGACACUUAACUGUAUUGGCAAAAAAGCACAUUGAGACAAAAUUCUUGAAAUUAAAUGCUGAAAAAUCUCCGUUCCUGUGCGAGAGACUGCGCAUCAAAGUAAUUCCCACCCUAGCACUAGUAAAAGAUGGAAAAACACAAGACUACGUUGUUGGCUUUACCGACCUCGGCAACACCGAUGACUUCACUACAGAGACCUUAGAAUGGAGGUUAGGCUGUGCAGACAUAAUUAAUUACAGCGGAAACUUGAUGGAGCCACCUUUUCAAAGCCAAAAGAAAUUUGGAACCAGCUUUACAAAGUUGGAUAAGAAGACCAUCAGAGGGAAGAAAUACGAUUCAGAUUCUGAUGAUGACUAGAAGAACAGUUAAAUGCAUUUGUAAACCAUCUUUUGUUUAUGCUUGGUACAUUUUUAAGAAUGUUUUUUAUAAGGCGCAUUGUUUUUCAUUGCAUCUGCACAUAAUGCUCAUUUUUCUAUACAGUUUUAUACAACUGAGUCAUAGCAGAAGAAAACUCAAAUUUAUUUUUUCUUUUCUCUUUUGAAAGUCAUUUGUAAAUCAGAAAUCUCAGUACUUCAAAGUAAGGAACGUGUGGUAAAUUAAAUUCGUCUGUGAGUUUUGGAAUCCCUGUUAGAAGCAGCUGUACCAAGUUAGACCAAAGGUCCCUCUGGCCCCGGCAUCCGGUCUUGAUGGCCAAAAGCAGAUGCACAGGGAAGAGCAGAAACGGGGGAAGCGACUAAUGGUUCUUUCCCAGAACAUACUCUGAGCAGCGUGCGGAUUGGGAAGGCUUAUUUGAAAACACUUGCUAGGUAGAAAUGGAGAGGAAUUGCUUUUCAGUCCUCUUGGAUGCCUUUAGCAUCCAAAUCAUAUGGCAGGGAGUCCACAGUUCAACCCAUGCCUUGCCUGAAGAAUUGCUUUGUUUUGUUAAUCUAGAAUCUGAUAGCAGAUAGAAAGAGGAAAAAAAAAAAAAGAAAAGAAAAAGAGCUAUUUCUUAGACAAGACAGAAGACACAAGACUUCUUCCUAUCAGCUUCUUUUCCAGCUAUCUCUUUAUUAUUAUUAUACUGUCAGUGAAAGAGACUUAAGAAGCACCACAAAUAAUUAGUGCAGAAAUUGCAUUUUUAACGAGUGAUGGCUUAUCUUAGGGUGCCAUACCAUAACUGAGUAACUUAACUGCAUUGCACUGCGUUGUAACACAGUCAUGCUUUCUGUGACUUUUGAAAUAGAUGGUCAAGGGAAAUGCCUUCCUACCAUCUACCUGCGCUGCGUGUGAAAGCUGGGACAGCAGAACACUGAGAACAGUGUUGCUCAGAGGUCUGUGUAGUUCUGUGGCUUCGAAUGYGUGGAUUCUGUAGCAGGUGCUUCGUACAGGAGAGUAGAGACUAGAGAAAAGUAUUUGAGCAAAGCCCUGUCCUGGCAGUUUUGGAAGCAAACUUUGUA